AUGUCCUGGGAACAAGCCAAAUUCUCUUUCAGCGCACGGUCGCGCGGAUGCUACCUGGUGACCGAAGAGGUGCUCAAGCAGGUUCCGCAGAUCAAGAACUACAAAGUUGGAAUGCUCAAUCUGUUCGUCCCGCACACGUCGUGUGCCUUGAGUUUGAAUGAGAACUGGGACCCUGACGUUCGCACCGACAUGACCACAGCUUUGAACUUUAUCUGUCCUGACAACGGCGGUACGAAGGGCCGGUUUCUGCACACGGACGAAGGUCCAGACGACAUGUCUGGCCACGUGAAGUCGACGCUUGUUGGUGCCUCGCUGAACAUCCCGAUCAGCAACGGACGCCUGGCGACCGGCACGUGGCAGGGCAUCUGGCUGCUGGAGUUCAGAGACUAUCGGCACACGCGCCACUGCGUGGCCACCAUCAAUGGGCUCAAGGAGUAG